AUGCAGAAUGGCCAGAGAAGCCACUCCACAAUUCCUCCACUGCGUUUCUCUGUGUUCCUCGACCCCACACACCAGAUCUAUCUACGGUGGGACCAUGAUGAAGAAAGUAGCCUAAUGACUUUUGACCUCCAAGCCCAGUCGACUGGAUGGGUGGCUUUUGGCUUCACCAAUCACGGAGAGAUAACUGGGGCAGACUUUGUGAUCGGUGGAGUCCUUCCUGACGGCAACAUCUAUUUCUCAGACUGGCAUGGUGUGAAUGAGGAAACCAUCUUGGAGGAUGAAAGCCAAGACUACGAGUUGCUGUCAUUGACCCAGGAUGAUACAUCCACCACCAUGACAUUCAGGAGACAUUUCCGGACAUGUGACAAGCAUGAUCUGGACAUCACGAGUGACACCCUACGACUGAUUACUGGCUAUGGUACAGAUGACACAAUUGACUUCUUCAAAGGAAAAAUAAUCCACAAAUCUCUUUUCAUGAUGGUGUUUUCAAAUGAAGAUGAAUUGCACUCACCCAGUGUCUAUCAUGUGUAUGACCUGAAACUGAACGAUUUCCCCAUCCCAGUGGAUGACACCACUUACGCCUGCACUUUCCUCCCACUGCCCAUUGUCAAGCAAAAACAUCACAUCUACAAGUUUGAGGCCAUGAUCACGCCCCGGAAUGAAACCAUAGUACACCACAUCCUGGUGUAUGGAUGCGGCAAUGCAAGUGUGCUGCCUAGUGGUGUCAGUGACUGCUAUGGAGGUGAUCCCGAUUUUGCCCUGUGCUCCCAGAUAGUUGUGGGCUGGGCUGUCGGAGGAGGGUCCUACAUGUUCCCAGAUGAAACUGGAAUUUCCAUAGGGACACCAUUGGAUGCCCAGUGGGUCCGGUUAGAAAUCCACUACAGCAAUUUUAAUUUAAUUCCAGACUUAAUUGACAACUCAGGGAUACGUCUCUACUAUACCCCGGAGCUGCGUCCUUACGACAUGGGGGUGCUACAAACAGGACUCUUUACCUUUCCUAUCCAUUUCAUCCCCCCUGGAGCUGAGUCCUUCAUGUCCUAUGGUGUCUGCAAUACCAGUCUGUUUGAUGAGAUGAAUGGGACUCCAGUGCCUGAUAUGCACGUGUUUGGCUACUUGCUGCAUACACACUUGGCCGGAUUGGGAGUGAGAGGCGUCCAAUACCGGAAUGGAGAGCAGGUGACAAUCAUUUGUGAAGACAAUCAGUAUGAUUUCAAUCUCCAGGAGACAAGAGGCAUGAAGAAGGAGGUCGUUUUCAAACCUGGGGAUGAGUUCCUGGUGGAAUGUCACUAUCAAACUAAAUAUCGGACAGAGCUGACCUUUGGAGGGCCAAGUACCCUGAAUGAAAUGUGCCUGGCAUUCCUCUUCUACUAUCCUCGCAACAACAUCUCCAGCUGUAUGGGAUACCCAGACAUUCAGUAUGUUGCGCAUCAGCUUGGUCAAGAGGCAGCAGAUGCAAUGGAAGGAAUGAUGGCCAUCAACCUGGUAGAAUGGGACAACGAGACCAUCAAGACAGCAGAGAAGGCAUGCAAGGAGGCAGAUCAGAUUGUCAUGAUUAAAACAAUUGAUGAGCUGCUGAGAAAUGAAACUGGCUUUGUUCGAGAUAUUGUUGAUGCUGAGCCACCGCCCUGCAAGGACAUUUCCACAUCUAUGCCUGGGCUUCAGCCAGAAGGGCAAGCCAAAUAUCAGGCAGCUCCACCAACGGUGACUUCCAAAGCUCUCAGCACAAAGGGCAUCUUUCCUUUUCCUGCGCUGCUCUUCAUUCCUUUGGGUUUUACUUGGCUUCUUGCCUCCUCUCAGAGUAGACUCUGA